GUUUCUCCAGCGGUGGUCAACUCCCACACCUCCCGUGAGGGCCUGGGCCCACAGAGCCAGCCACGAGCGUGGCACGAGUCCUGCGAGAGAGGGGCCAGGCAGGCUGCGCCAGCCAACAGGGAGCUGUGGAGAUCGCGAGAGGGUGACUUCUCCAGGGCGAGGAAGAGGCUGGAACGAAAGCCUGUGUCUAUCAUCGAGAGGACUGAAGGCUCAGAGAUCGUAUUUGGGAUCGCCCCGUGUUCCCUGGCCCUCUCUCAGUCGAGAAGGGACCUGUUCAGGUUGUUCCUCAAGCAGGGCAGCGGCUCUCGGCAGCUCGUCAUGAGUGAGUUUAUCCUUCAGGCCACCGCCCGGGGAGUCCCUGUGCACCGCCUCAGAAGGAGAGAGCUGGAUGCUCUUUGCAGAGGUCGGGUCCACCAGGGAGUUUGUUUGGAGGCCACUCCUCUCCGUUUCAAGAGUUUGGAGGAAGCUGAAAAGCCUGAUUUGGGGGAUGAAGAGAGUCCGAACCGACAGCUGAUUUGGCUGGUGUUGGAGCAAAUCCAGGAUCCCAUGAACCUGGGGGCACUCCUGCGCUCUGCGUACUUCUUGGGGGUGGACAGAGUGGUGACAAGCCGGAGGAACAGCUGUCCGUUGACUCCAACAGUGAGCAAAGCUAGCUCUGGAGCUAUGGAAGUCUUCGAUGUCUACAGCACAGAUGAUCUCCAGAGCUUUUUGAAGGCUAAAACUGCAGAAGGCUGGGAAGUCGUGGGAACGGUCAGCAAACCUGAGGAUGUGGAAAAUGUUCCUGUCAUCAGUUGCUUGGAAUUUCGGUGGACUAAACCCACUAUUAUAGUAAUAGGUAGUGAAGGUGACGGACUUUCCCUAGAGACACAGCUCCUGUGCCAUCGGAUGCUGGCCAUACCCCCUGGCAGAGCGCUUCAUCCUGGAAUUGAGUCGCUCAACGUCUCUGUUGCUACAGGUAUUAUCCUGCACUCCAUCUGCAGCCAAAAGCUGAGGCACAGUGAUUAA